AUGCUUAUUAUGGCUUCUCGUUUAUUUUGUCAUUUACGUUCUGCAAGCACUUCAGCAAGUAAAGUUGUAUUUGACAGAGAAACAAAACGUAAACAAAGAAAUUGGAGUGCAACCCAAUCCGAGUUUGAAUUAACUAGGUUUAUACGAGAUGAGUUUGGCUAUCGUUUGGCUGAUAAAGUUUUUGAUUUGUUAAAGAAAAACACCGUUUGUAUCGAUCUUGGAUGUGGAGCUGGGCAUAUUGGAAUGCACUUAAUCAGGGAAAAUGUUGGUUGUUUAAUUCAACUUGAUAUGAGUGAAGUAAUGGUUAGAGCUAGUAAAUCAGCAGAAGAAAAUGAGUUUCCAACUUUUCGUGCUAUUGCUGAUGAAGAAUUAGUUCCAUUUCGUCCAGAAUGUGCCGAUUUAAUUUUGAGUGGUCUUUCUGCCCAUUGGAUUAAUGAUUUGCCAAACUGGUUUCUUCGUUGUUUUCAAACACUUAGAGAAGAUGGUGUAAUGAUUGGUGGAUUGCUAGCUGGUGAAACGCUUCACGAAUUGAGAAUUUCUUUACAAUUAGCAGAAAUGGAAAGAUUGGGAGGUAUUGGGGCACAUGUUUCUCCUUUUGUUGAGGCACAGGAUAUUGCAUCAUUGAUGAAUAGAGCUGGCUUUCAAUUGGUAACUAUAGAUGUGGACGAAAUUGUGAUAAAUUAUCCGGAUAUAUUUUCCCUAAUAUUUGAUCUACAAUUUAUGGGCGAAUCAAAUGCAACAUUCACCCGAUCAGCUAGCCUAAAAAGAGAUAUUCUUAUAGCAGCAGAUGGAAUAUAUAGACAGAUGUUUUGUACACAAGAAAAUAAUUAUCCAGCGACAUUCCAAAUGAUUAAUUUUAUUGGUUGGAAGCCUGGGGCAAAUAUGCCAAAAGUAGCAAGGAGAGGCUCUCAAAGUGUAUCUUUUAAAGAUCUCUCAAAAUUUAUAGAAACUGAAAUGACAAGAAAAGAAAAUGAUGAAUUUAAUAAUAAAUGA